ACUCCAACUAAGCAUUCCUUCUUCACACUUUCCAAAGGCCUUAUCGAAAAUGUGCACUUUACAGAAGCGCGGCAGUUUCUUCAUCCUCACCCUCACCGGCGCCGGCGCCGGCGAUCGGGAGCACCGCCUCAGCCCCACCGUCAUCGGCAACAUCCGCGCCGCCUUGUCGGAGGUCAGAUCUCAGGCGGUGGCCGGAUCCGUGCUCAUCACGCGAUCCGAGGGGAGGUUCUUCUCCAACGGCUUCGAUCUGCGCCACGCGCAGGCGGUCGGCGCGGCGGCCGGAAAAUCCGACGCGGCGGCGGCGGAGCUCCUCCGGAUGGUAGAUCUGUUCCGCGGAGUGGUGGCGGAUCUAUUAUCGCUGCCGAUGCCUACAGUCGCCGCCGUCUCCGGCCACGCCGCGGCGGCCGGAAUGAUCCUCGCGAUGAGUCACGAUUACGUCACGAUGACGUCGGAUAGGGCGGUGAUGUACAUGAGCGAGCUGGAUAUCGGAAUGACUCUCCCCGAUUACUUCACGGCGUUGAUUAGGGGUAAGAUCGGGUCGGGAAUCGGCCGGCGGGAGGUGGUUCUCGGCGCGGCGAAGAUCGGAGCGACGGCGGCGGCGGAGAUGGGGAUUGUGGAUUCGGUGGAGGGGACGGCGGCGGAGGUGGAGGCGGCGGCGGAGCGGAAGGCGGAGGAAUUGGGGAAACGGAGAUGGAAUGGCGUCGUUUACGCCGAGAUAAGGAAGGAUUUGUACCCUGAGGUUUGUGGUUUGUUGGGGUUGAAGCAUUCUCCUGUUGUCGUUGCUAAAUUGUAAUUUAUUAUCAUAAUAAUAAUAAUAAUAAUAAUAAUAAUAGGUGCUAAAUUGUGAUUUAUUAUAAUAAUAAUAAUAAUAAUAAUAAUAGGUCUGUAUUGCAUCAAAUUCCCAUAUGUUUUCCCGGUUUAAAAUUAUUUAAUAUUUUCAA